AUGUCUGAGCCUGGCCCCGAAUCCCUCCCUACUAGCGCCGACCCGCGCAGCAAACGGCCCACCAAGCGCCGCGCCAUUACUCCGCUCUCCGAACAUGCAUCGGAAAUCAAAACACUCUUCAAGGACCCUUCAAAGGAGAUCCGGCUUCCGGGAACAAACCCACGCACAGGAUCGCUGCUUUCUGUUCCACCGGAGAUCGUCGCCAACGUUCAAGGUUCCUCGGCCGGAGCGGGUUCGGGCGAGUUCCACGUUUACAAAGCCAGUCGGCGGCGAGAGUAUGAGCGAGUACGUCAGAUGGAGGCGGAAGUGAGCAAGGAGAAGAGUGACGAGGCGUGGGAGAAGGAACGGGAGGAAGCGAGGAAGAAGGACGAACAGAAGACGGACAAAAAUCGCCGGAGGAGAGAAAAGAAGAAGGCUGUGAGGGGGGGCAAGCAGAAGAAUCCUGCCGGUGCUGAUGGCAUGGAUGUUGAUGGCCCUGCGCCCGGUACAACGAAAGGGCCAUCGGCUUCUGGUCCAUCGGUAGCUCCUGGUGGCCAGACUGCCGAUUCGGAGGCCCAGUAUGCCGAGGAGGUCCCUGGUGUGAUUAUUCACGAGGAAGACUAG